CAAAGAAAAAGCAAAACUAGAAAUUAAGAAAAAUAAACUCGUUAAUAUUCAUUACCACACCCCUCUCAGAGAGUACUGGUGUCAGCUCAACCAAGCUAGCUUAUAGAGAGAGAAAGAGAGAAAGAAAGUUCGUCUCUCAGCUGGGUCUUAGCUUGCACGACUUCUCUCUAUACAUAUUUCUCACUCACUCUUUCUUUCUUUGUAUUUACAUAUAUAUAUAUAUAUAUUAUAACUCGAAAGAAGAAAGAAAGCAAGGAAAUUCGAAGAGAGAAAGAGAGAGAGAGAGAUGGUAAGAGAAGUAUAUGGUUCAGGAGCAGGUAUGGAUACGAAUAUGAAGCCUGCAUGGCUAGAGGGUCUGAUGGCUGAGACAUUCUUUGGUGGUUGUGGGGUCCACGAGAAUCGCAGGAAGAACGAGAAGAACGUUUUUUGCUUGCACUGUUGCCUUAGUAUUUGCCCCCACUGUCUUCCUUCUCACCGCUCUCACCCCCUUCUCCAGGUCAGGCGUUAUGUUUACCACGACGUUGUUCGAUUGGGGGAUCUAGAAAAGCUCAUCGACUGUUCUUUCAUUCAGCCUUAUACCAUUAACGGUGCCAAAGUGAUUUUCUUGAAUCAAAGGCCACAGUCUAGGAGUUGCAAAGGAACUGCUAACAUUUGCUUCACUUGUGAUCGAAUUCUCCAAGAGCCAUUUCACUUCUGCUCUCUCUCAUGCAAGGUUGAUUUUAUGGUGAAUCAAGGGGACGAUUUGACAACAAUUCUCUACCGUUUUGAUGAGUCCGAUUUCACAAUUUCUCAAUUCGAGGGAUUGAGGAUGGAUGGUUCUGAGGUCACUGACGAUGAAAAUGGUCCAAUUUUGGAAGAUCAUCACCCAUUGCACUCAUCCGGCUCCCGUGAGGCUUCUAGCAACUCGGCUAUUUCACGGGAACCGGCCGCCGCAGCCACCACCGAUUCUGUGAAGAAGAAGAAGAAGAAAGGCAGUGGCUUUCUUCCUGGAAUUGUUCUUUCCCUUAGCAGCAGGAGAAAGGGUGCUCCUCAUAGGGCUCCCCUUUCCUAGACUCUUGCUAGUGGUAAUUAAACUCGUAGGGACUUACUUGGAAAUAAAAAAUAUAGCUCCUUGCAUUUGCAUUUUAAUUAAUUUUACGCUCUGCUCUUAUAAAUAUAUGUAAUGUCCCUAUUAGGUAUCUUAUAAUUUAAGUCUCGUCGUAUCUUCAAAAAAUAAAAAAAAAGAUCUUAGGGCCGGUGAUCAUUAUUGCCUAGAUAAGUCUUGUUACUAAAAAUAUGUAAUGUUAUGGCAUGGUUUGGAGUCUGUACUGAGCGUCAUUUUUUUUUAGUGGGGAUGUGUGUGGAGUAUUUCCAUUACUGACUUCAGGUGGGUGUGGAGGGACUGAAUGGAAGUAAGUUGGGGCUCUCAACUCCACCAAUUUUGUAUUUGAUGUAAUGGAACUUGCGGUAUAUAUAAAGUUUAAUAUUAAUAUAUUUAUAUAUAUAUAUAUAUAUCUUUUUAAGAUUAAAUUGGGACCAGUGAAUUGUAUUAUUCAUUUGGAUCAGACAUUGAAUUCUAUUUCCCA